AUGUCUCAGGGAUUCGAAAACAUUGGUUGCUGGGCUGCUGAACUCAUUCACAAAGCAGGUGAAAAGGUUGUAGCAGUGACUAAUAUGACUGAAGCAAUACGUGACAAAAAUGGAAUCGACAUUCCAUGUCUAAUGACACAUGUCAAGGAACAAAAAGGAGUAAAAGGAUUUGUUGGUGCAAAUGCAUAUCAACUUAAAAUUGAUAUAAACCCUAAUGUGAGAGAUGGAAGGGAUCUUGAGGAUCUUGAGUCAAACCGGGAACUCAACCCACAAGAUUGCUUUAUUGGUGCCCUAAUUCCUCAUUCGCCGCACCUGUUCUGCAAAUUAUACAGAGAGCUUAACAAUGGUCGUGGAAGAGAUCUUCCAACAAGUCUUCUAGUCCGUAAUCUUCGCCAUGAUUGCCGUCCAGAAGACCUUCGGAGGCUAUUUGGACAAUUUGGUCCUCUAAAGGACAUCUAUUUGCCAAGAGAUUAUUAUAGCGGGGAGCCAAGGGGAUUUGGUUUUGUGCAAUUUGUGGACCCCGCUGAUGCCACUGAAGCAAAAUACCAGAUGGACGGUCAAAUUCUUUUAGGCAGACAAUUGACAGUUGUUUUUGCUGAAGAGAAUCGGAAGAAACCUUCUGAUAUGAGAGUAAGAGAGCGCAGGGGCGGCAGAUUCAGUGAUCGUAGGCGGUCACCGCCACCUCGUUACUCUCGGUCACCGCGUUACACCCGAUCACCACCGCCUCGCUAUGCCAGAUCACCAUCCCGCAGCCGCGAUUACUCUCCACCACCAAGGAGAAGGCAGUACUCAAGGUCAAUUACUCCUCGAGACAGAAGGUACAGCCGUGAGAGGUCAUACUCACGCUCACCAGUACGGGAGCGGUCUCUAUCUUAUGAUGAUGAUGUGCCGCCAAGGAGCCCCAUGAGGGAGACUUCACCGCCGUAUAGCCGGAGUCGUAGCCGGAGCCGGAGUCCGGUGAGGGAGCAGCUUCCGGUGAGACGCGGUGGGAGCAGGAGCCGGAGCCCUAGCCGGAGCCGGAGCAGGAGCGGUGAGCCUGGUGGUUAUUACAGGGAUGUGCCACCUCGUAGGGAUGAUUCUCACGACUCGGCGACUCCAAGUCACGAAGAUACGAACCCUACCAACGACAACAGGCUACCAUCGAUCGACAUCUCUAACUUGGAAUCCAAGGAAUCCAAGCAUCGAUCAUCCCUUGUACCCUACUUGUACGAUUCCAAGCAUCUCCAAGUUUCAAUCGAUCUUCAUCAUCAUUCAUCAAUUUUCAUCUUCUCAAUUCUUAAGUCGACAUCUUCAUAUUUUGCUUCAAUGAUUCGAACAACUAUGGAUGUUCAUGAAGAUCAAAAUUUGGAUGGGUUACCAAAUGUACCAUCAUCAAGAUACCGAAACUCGGAUGUUCAUGAUGCCAAUAAUGAAGAUGGUAAUCCGGCUAAUUGGAUUGGAAAAGACUUUGAUGACCAAGAUUAUGGAGAAGAUUCUGAAGAAGAUUAUAUAGAAGAAACACCGGCAUUGAAUGUUAUACCAAGUGAUGAAUCAAACCAAGAAGAGGAGCCACAAGAACAACAACCUUCAAAAAAACGAAAAUUUGCAACCCCACAAAAACGAAGACAACCAAAAAAACCACCACUACCAAAAAAAUGA